AUGAAUAAAACUAUUAAUAAAUUUAUAUUUUUUUUUUUUUUUUCACAUUUAUAUCUAAAUGGUGUUUAUGGAAAUAAUAAUAUAUUUCAGACCAGAAAUAAUUUGAGAAAUGGAAUAGAGAACAAAAAGGAUAACUUUUUACAUUCUAAUAAAUAUGCAGCUAUUAUAGAAGGUAAGGAUGAUGGAAUCGAUUUAACUAUUGAUGACGGUAGUGCCUUUGGUGGAGGUUACGAUUAUUCAUUUUCAAAAAAAGUUGACAAACCAUUAAGUGUAUCCAAAACUGCACAAUCUAUACCAAGAAGUAAUGAACGUAAUGAAGAUCUUGUUGUUGAUGAUGGUAGUGCCUUUGGUGGAGGUUACGAUUCUUCAUUUUCAAAUAAAGAGGGGAAAUCACUAAAUAUACCCAAAACUGCACGAUCUCUAUCAAGAAGCAAAGAAAGUAAUGAAGAUCUUGUUGUUGAUGAUGGUAGUGCUUUUGGUGGAGGUUACGAUUAUUCAUUUUCAAAUAAAGAGGGGAAAUCACUAAGUAUACCCAAACCUGCACAAUCUAUAUUAAGAAGUAGUGAAAGUAAUGAAGAUCUUGUUGUUGAUGAUGGUAGUGCCUUUGGUGGAGGCUACGAUUAUUCAUUUUCAAAUAAAGAGGGGAAAUCACUAAGUAUACCCAAACCUGCACAAUCUAUAUUAAGAAGUAGUGAAAGUAAUGAAGAUCUUGUUGUUGAUGAUGGUAGUGCCUUUGGUGGAGGCUACGAUUAUUCAUUUUCAAAAAAAGUUGACAAACCAUUAAGUGUAUCCAAACCUGCACAAUCUAUACCAAGAAGUAAUGAACGUAAUGAAGAUCUUGUUGUUGAUGAUGGUAGUGCCUUUGGUGGAGGUUACGAUUCUUCAUUUUCAAAUAAAGAGGGGAAAUCACUAAGUAUACCCAAACCUGCACGAUCUAUAUCAAGAAGCAAAGAAAGUAAUGAAGAUCUUGUUGUUGAUGAUGGCAGUGCCUUUGGUGGAGGUUAUGAUUAUUCUUUUAAAUAUAAAGCCUCGAAAGUAACAGAUAGUCCUGAUGCUUCUUCGCAUAACAAAAUACCUGAUACUAAAGAAACAAAUAUGUUGGAAUUAAUAAAUGAUUUAUCGAAGGAAAAAUAUGAAUUACAAGAAAAUGAUGAAGAAGUAAAGGAAGAAAUAGAAUAUGAAGGAAGGAACGAUGAGGGUAUAGAAGAUAUAGACUAUACUGAAGAAAAACAAUCAUUUGAAAUUUCUGAUAUAUUAGAAGAAAAUAAUGAAGACAAUGAUGAAGAUGCUUAUGAAGAAUAUAAUGAUGAAAAUAAUAAAAGCGAUAAAGAAGGAAUACUAGAAGAAGCAAAAAAAGAAGAGAAAGAAAACAUAGGAAAUCCAAAAGAAUCGGAUAUAUCAAGUGAUGAUAUAAUGCAUAAACAUUUUACAGAUGAAUAUAAGAAUAAAGAAGAAAACAAAAAGUAUAAAAAAUAUGUAACUCAAAUGUUAAUUAAUAUACUAAAAGGAAAUAAUGAAGCGGAUUUAACAAUACAAGGUUUACUAAAAGAUAUAUCUCAAUUUCUUAAAAAUACUUAA